AUGUCUUCGGGCUUUGGCGGUGCACGAGUCAAUCAGCAGGAUACCAAGCAGAAAGAGUUCUCCACCAUCAACAAGGAUGGAAAGACGGUUUGGGAGCCUGGCUUACCCGCCCUGGUCACCAGCCGACGUCAGCAUCGUUCCAAACAGACUGCUACGGUGGUGGAGGAACCUCCAGUGCCUUGUGAUCUCAAGGCCACCUUGAAGAUGUCAGCUCCAAGCAAGACGGAAUGGCUGGAAAAGGUCCUCAAAGCCAAAGCCAAAGCGCAGGACGUCUUCAACAUCGUGACGCACCCGAAGUUCGCCUCUGGGGUCUCGGAGAAGUAUGGGAAGAAGAUGUUCCAGAUGGUGGCGGAGCAUAUGGAUCACUUCUCCGACAAGCAGCGCCUCACAUUGUCCAGGUGCAAGUUGGCAGCGUUGGGGCUCCACGGCGAAGUCCAGGAGGACUCAGAUCACGAUGAGGCACCAGCGCCUCCUCGGCGCAGCAAGGUGCCGAGGUCGCCUCGGGGCGCCCCCUCACCAAGUCGAGGUCCCAACGUUGGUUCCUCCCCAGAGAAGGCCAACGACGAGGACCUCGAGUGGGAGGAGACACGGAAGCGGCAGGAGGAGGAGAAGCGGCGGAUUGAGGCGCAGAAGCGGAAGCUCAAGGAAGAGGAGGAGAAGAGAAAGACCAAGUUGGGUGCAGCCUUCCAAUUUGAGCCGGAGGAAGAGGCUGCAAGUGCCAAGAAGCAACUGGCGAACAAGCUGGUGUCGCGGAAGGAGGAGCUGCCGUCCCUGGCCUUGGCGCGGGCUUCGCCCGGGCUGCGCGACGCCGAUCCGCGCUUCGUCGAGGCAAUGGGCGGCGACAAGCUCCUCCAAGAGGCGCACAAGAUCCUCCGCCACGCCGCCGGCAGCGGCCGCAUCGACGCCCGCGGAUCGUCCGCCGCCUCGCGCUCGCGGAGCCGCAAGCGGCGGCGGAGCCGGGAGCGGCGGCGGAGCCGGGAACGAUCGCCGCAGAGCGGCGGCCCCAACGUCCGCAGCAGCGGCAGCUACCGCUCGCCCACGCCCGAUGGCCGCGCGCGGGGCCAGGCCCGGGCGGCGCGCAAGGCGAAGAUGACGCUCGUCACGGCUGCCGGGGGCGCCGGCCGGCCGCGGAGCACCGCACGGCAGCGAGGGAGCGAUACGCCCCCGGUGAGGCCAUGGUACCUGCGCCUGCGGGUGGUGCUGCCGGAUGAGCAGAUCCAACGACAAGUGGAGAAGGCAGAGCGCUUCUGGAAGGUUCCGAUCUUCAUCAUUUGUCGCGAUCGGCUGGUGUACCUGCAGCGCGGCGAACUGGGAGAGAACUGGGAAUGUGUACCUAUUGAUAGGCAGAUGUUGGUUUCGCAGCUGCACUCCUUAGGGUACUAUCACCUCAUUGCCUUGGACAACAAUUCCACCUACAAGCCCUUGUUGAACUACUACCAGGAGAAGCUCCUUUGGGUGGUUCGACUUCCCUCGAACUUGGGCAACGAGAUCAGUCACUUGCUGUGGAGAAUGAGGUGGAAUCAGAACACGCACAUGAAGGAGUACAUUGACCGGUUCGGUGGUCGCUACGUGUUGGCCGACCCGGACACCGUCUUCGACGAUGGCGUGCCGGCCAACUGGCUUCAGCAUUUCUGGGAGAUCAUGGACCGACACCAGGCCAAUAAGGUUGGCGCGGCCUUGAGGUUGGAUGAUCUACCAGAGAAUUAUGCUGCGCGGAAACAGGUUUGGCAACAUGAGUGCGACUUUUGGCGGGAAGAUCGAUUGGCUCCAGGAGAGAAACAUGUCUUUUGGGCGCCCAUCGACACCACCAUGGCACUCACCAAGAUCUCCAAGAGCCGCCUCGCCAUGCUCAAGCCCUCCGCCAACGUGCGUGUGGCCGGACCCUAUACGGUUCGGCACCUCCCCUGGUACGAGAACAGCAAGUGGCUCCUGCCGGAUGUUGAGUAUGCUCGGAAACACCGCGGGAAGGGCCACACCUUUGGCUGGUGGUCACACGCCGAGGGCUACGCUCGCAGAGGCAAGCAGAUCAUUGACUCAGAGCCUCCGCCGGUGAUGGAGAGCCAAUCUGGUCAGUUCAAACGUGCCAGCAACCAGACUUUCGCCUUUCCACCGCGCGUGAAGUACUUGGGCUUUUGCCGACGCUUCUCCGCGGAGCAGCUGGACGAGCGAAGCGGGGGGGGGAACCCCCCACGCGCGCCCUGGGAUGAGUUUGGUUUUUUUCAGUGGUGGAUGUGGAACGGCAGUGUUCGAUACCGGGAGGAGCAGGCUUUUUGUCGAGUGACUGUUCAAGUUCUUAAGAAAAGUCUCAUUACAUUUGAUUUUGUUCGGGUAGGGGUGCGCACUAUGCGUCCGGGUCAAAUUGAAUCAUCACCUUUUGAUCCAGGGGCCCCAAUUCAACACAUGUUCUCACUAUAG